AUGGUCAGCACGAGCACGGAGCCCACAGGUGUCCAACCCAAACACAUCAGCACGACAUCUCCUUCAGAUUCCUCCAGCUCAAAAGGGCGUGUGUUUGAAGCCAGAGCUGAAGCCGUGUGCACGAAACCAGCCGCACUGAACGGUCCGAUGGCAGCUGUCGACCAUCUUAAGCAGGCCGCGGCUGCUGUCCAGGUCUCCAGGGACUUAGCGUCUUUAGGUGGACAUUCUGACCACACAGAUGCAGAACGAUGGACCACCAGCGAGUUUAACAAGAGGAUUUGGUGUCCAGAGAAGGUUUGGUUUUAUCACCUUUAG